AUGUGCAAGGAAGCUCAGUGUGCCACCGAGUGCUCCCUCAGCAUGUGCAAGGAAGCUCAGUGUGCCACCGAGUGCUCCCUCAGCAUGUGCAAGGAAGCUCAGUGUGCCACUGAGUGCUCCCUCAGCAUGUGCAAGGAAGCCCAGUGUGCCACCGAGUGCUCCCUCAGCACGUGCAAGGAAGCCCAGUGUGCCGAGUGCUCCCCCAGCAUGUGCAAGGAAGCCCAGUGUGCCACCGAGUGCUCCCUCAGCAUGUGCAAGGAAGCCCAGUGUGCUGAGUGCUCCCCCAGCAUGUGCAAGGAAGCUCAGUGUGCCACCGAGUGCUCCCUCAGCAUGUGCAAGGAAGCCCAGUGUGCCACCGAGUGCCCCCUCAGCAUGUGCAAGGAAGCCCAGUGUGCCACCGAGUGCUCCCCCAGCAUGUUCGAGGAAGCCCAGUGUGCCACCGAGUGCUCCCUCAGCAUGUGCAAGGAAGCUCAGUGUGCCACCGAGUGCUCCCUCAGCAUGUGCAAGGAAGCCCAGUGUGCCACCGAGUGCUCCCUCAGCAUGUGCAAGGAAGCCCAGUGUGUCACCGAGUGCUCCCUCAGCAUGUGCAAGGAAGCUCAGUGUGCCACCGAGUGCUCCCUCAGCAUGUGCAAGGAAGCCCAGUGUGUCACCGAGUGCUCCCUCAGCAUGUGCAAGGAAGCUCAGUGUGCCACCGAGUGCUCCCUCAGCAUGUGCAAGGAAGCUCAGUGUGCCACCGAGUGCUCCCUCAGCACGUGCAAGGAAGCCCAGUGUGUCACCGAGUGCUCCCUCAGCAUGUGCAAGGAAGCCCAGUGUGCCACCGAGUGCUCCCCCAGCAUGUUCGAGGAAGCCCAGUGUGCCACCGAGUGCUCCCUCAGCAUGUGCAAGGAAGCUCAGUGUGCCACCGAGUGCUCCCUCAGCAUGUGCAAGGAAGCUCAGUGUGCCACCGAGUGCUCCCUCAGCAUGUGCAAGGAAGCCCAGUGUGCCGAGUGCUCCCUCAGCAUGUGCGAGGAAGCUCAGUGUGUCACCGAGUGCUCCCUCAGCAUGUGCAAGGAAACUCAGUGUGUCACCGAGUGCUCCAUUAUGAAGAUAGCUUAG